AUGGUGUCAUUUGUAGUUUAUCUAAAGGCAUCCAAACAGAUCGAGGAGAUGCCAUCAAAGCUCAACAAUCCAAGGGUUGUGCCUUGGGUGUCAAGGAACGUCAAAAUAGUGAAUUGUUCGUCAUACUCCAGAGAGAGUUAUUCAUGCGUCAAAGAAGAUUUCUUGGCAAUCGAAGAAGUAGGAGGUGAGAGUUGGUUUGUUCAUUACAGAGUUGAUGUAGUGUUUGCUGGCCAUGUCCAUGCAUAUGAAAGAUCAUAUAGAAUCUCAAAUAUACACUACAACGUAACAAGUGGUUACCAGUACCCCAUACCAGACAAGUCGGCUCCUGUCUACAUAACUGUUGGAGAUGGAGGGAACCAAGAAGGUCUUGCUGGAAGGUUUAGAGAUCCACAACCAGAAUAUUCUGCAUUCCGAGAAGCGAGCUAUGGGCAUUCGACACUGGAGAUUCAUAACCGGACGCAUGCACUUUACCACUGGAACCGCAAUGAUGACGGGAAGAAAAUGGCAACUGACGCAUUUGUAUUGCAUAACCAGUACUGGGGUACAAAUCACAGAAGGCGAAAACUGAAGAAGCAUUAUGCUAGGAAAUAUAUUGAUCCAGUUGCAGCUUAUUGAAAGCUCAAUAAGGAAUCAGACAC